AUGAAUUUUAAGUACAUAGUUGCAGUGUCCUUUUUAAUAGCAUCUACAUAUGCACGAAGUGUAAAGAAUGAUGAACAGUCUCUGAGUCAGAGGGAUGUUUUAGAAGAAGAAUCACUGAGGGAAAUCAGAGGUAUAGGAGCAUCCAUCCUAAGUGCUGGUAAAUCAGCUUUAAAAGGCUUGGCUAAAGGAUUGGCUGAGCAUUUUGCAAAUGGGAAGAGAACAGCUGAAGAACAUGAAGUGAUGAAAAGACUGGAAGCCGCAGCGCGUGAUCUAGAUUCCUUGGGUCAUCCAGAGGAAGCUUCUGAAAGGGAAACCAGAAGCUUCAAUCAAGAGGAGAUUGCAAAUCUUUAUACUGAAAAAGAGAAACGCUUUAUAGUGCCAAUAUUAAGUUUGGUUGGUAGUGCACUUGGAAGUUUACUUGGAUAGUUAUAGCCAGUAAAACAUUGCUUUUAUUAAUGUU